CAGCCGCAACCGUCGUCGUGUCAGCGCCGCCGCCACCGUCGUGGUCGCCGCGUAUCGCCGCCGCCGCCGCCGCCGUGGUCGCCGCAAGCGAAUGAGAAGAAAUAUGAAAAUCGCGCGGUCCGCGUCGACAUAGGUGUACGCAUAUUAUUACACCGCAGUGUACGUGCAGUACACGUGUACCCGAGAGAUUCUGCAGCUCGACCCGCGACGUUCUACAUAUUUUCGUAUAUUAAACGCGAUACCUUACGACACUAUAUAUUAUACACUAUAGGGAUAUACGCGUGUUUAUAUAUAUAUAUGUAUGUAUGUAUGUAUAAAUCUACACGAUCAUAGAAUAUAAUAUACACGUCCGCUCUUCCCACGUGCACAGAAAAAAUGCGAUUGUACAACCUCAUGCUGUGACCUUUGAUAUGGUCACCGAAAAAUGAAGACGUUGGCCGGCGCCAUAAUAUUAUGCAUCAUGCUCGUCAUAAUUUCCGGAUGUUCAAUGAAUCCGGAUGCAAAAAGGCUAUACGACGACCUAUUAUCAAAUUACAAUAAGCUUGUAAGGCCUGUGCUCAACAAUACUGAUCCGCUACCAGUACGGAUUAAGCUCAAACUAUCACAGCUCAUCGACAUUAAUCUAAAAAACCAAAUUAUGACGACGAACUUAUGGGUGGAACAGUAUUGGUAUGACUAUAAGUUGACGUGGAAUCCCGAUGAAUAUGGUGGUGUUGAAGGGUUACACGUACCGUCUGAACACGUCUGGAGGCCAGAUAUUGUACUUUAUAACAAUGCUGACGGCAAUUUCGAAGUAACUUUGGCCACUAAGGCUAUGCUUCACUAUAGUGGCCGGGUCGAGUGGAAACCUCCUGCUAUUUACAAGUCUUCCUGCGAAAUAGAUGUAGAAUUUUUCCCGUUUGACGAACAGACGUGUGUGAUGAAAUUUGGCUCGUGGACAUACGACGGUUUUCAGGUGGAUUUGAGACAUGCAAAUGAGGUCAGCGGUUCACGAGUUGUCGAUGUCGGUGUUGAUUUAUCCGAAUUUUACGCAUCUGUGGAAUGGGAUAUUUUAGAGGUUCCAGCAAUAAGAAACGAGAAAUAUUAUACCUGCUGCGAAGAACCCUACUUAGACAUAACAUUCAAUAUUACGAUGCGUAGGAAAACGCUAUUUUAUACAGUGAAUUUGAUCAUACCUUGUAUGGGGAUAUCGUUUCUCACAAUACUUGUAUUUUAUCUUCCAUCAGAUAGUAAUGAAAAAGUUAGUUUAAGUAUUUCAAUUCUUCUUUCACUGACCGUGUUCUUUCUACUGCUAGCCGAAAUCAUUCCACCCACUUCACUAGUCGUGCCACUUUUGGGAAAAUUUGUGCUAUUUACAAUGAUACUUGACACGCUUAGUAUAUGUGUGACAGUCGUUGUGUUGAAUAUACAUUUCCGAUCUCCUACCACACAUGUAAUGUCACCUUGGGUCCGCCGAGUAUUCAUUCACAUUCUACCGAGAAUGUUAAUUAUGAGAAGACCUCACUACCAAAUGGAAAGAAAGAGUCUGAUGGGAACUUGUCACCGUAUUAUGGUGAGAACGUGUAACGGACUUGAGCUUAGAGAUCAAGAUUCAGCUGAUCAGUUGCUGCACAGCAACGAUGUAUUUCCCGCCAGGGACUUGGAAAGUGGUGUAAUUGGAUGUUGCGAGAUUCACGGUCCAAUAAUAGCAUUACCUAGUCCUUCCGAACUAAAUCAAAAUGGCCCAGUUCCUAAGGGUAGAAAACAUUGGCACGAUUGUCCAGAACUUCAUAAAGCCGUUGAAGGCGCAGCGUUCAUAGCAGAUUACAUAAAGAAAGAAGAAGAAGAGAAAAAGAUUAAAGAAGAUUGGAAAUAUGUGGCGAUGGUAUUGGAUAGGUUGUUUCUAUGGAUAUUUACACUGGCCGUGACAAUGGGCUCUGCAGGGAUAAUUCUACAAGCACCUACUCUAUAUGACAAUCGGUUGCCAAUCAAUGUCCGGUUGUCGGAAAUACUUGCCCAUACACCAACAGUGAAACAAAAUUAUAAUAACAUUAUGUAA